GCUGCGGGGCGGGCAGGGCGGUGGGGCAGCAGCUCUCAGCUGUGCUCGGGGCAGCGGCGGUGCCGCAGGGCUUAGCCCCGGCAGGGUCUCGCUUAACACCGGCGGCGAUCGCCGGCGUUCGCUGGGUGCUGGCACAGCGGUAGGGACGGGCGGGAUGCGGUGCUGCCGCCCCCCGGGGCGCUGAGCGGGAGAGCUCAGCCAGCCGCGGCCCUGCGCCUCGGGGCGCGGAUCGGUGGAGGAGCCCGCGGUGACUGUACCCUAGCUCUCAGAUGGCCAACUCUCAGAACGGCAGGAAUCCACGCAAAGGACGGAUCCUGGGCUUCAUCGAUGCCAUUCAGGAUGCUGUGGGCCCCCCCAAGCAGGCAGCUGCUGACCGGAGGACUGUGGAGAAGACCUGGAAGCUCAUGGACAAAGUGGUAAGACUGUGCCAAAACCCAAAGCUUCAACUCAAAAACAGCCCGCCUUACAUUCUUGACAUUUUACCAGACACCUAUCAACAUUUGCGACUUAUACUGAGCAAAUAUGAUGACAACCAAAAACUGGCACAGCUCAGUGAGAAUGAGUAUUUUAAAAUCUACAUUGAUAGUCUCAUGAAAAAAUCAAAGCGGGCUAUAAGACUCUUCAAAGAAGGGAAGGAAAGAAUGUAUGAGGAGCAGUCACAGGACAGGAGAAACUUAACUAAGCUGUCCCUCAUCUUCAGCCACAUGCUAGCAGAAAUCAAAGCUAUUUUUCCGAAUGGCCAAUUCCAGGGUGAUAACUUCCGUAUCACCAAAGCAGAUGCUGCAGAUUUCUGGAGGAAGUUCUUUGGAGACAAAACUAUAGUACCAUGGAAAGUGUUCAGGCAGUGCCUUCAUGAAGUUCAUCAGAUAAGCUCUGGUUUGGAAGCAAUGGCUCUUAAAUCUACUAUUGACUUGACGUGCAAUGACUACAUUUCAGUAUUUGAGUUCGAUAUCUUCACUAGAUUAUUUCAGCCAUGGGGUUCAAUCUUAAGGAACUGGAACUUCUUAGCUGUGACGCAUCCUGGAUAUAUGGCGUUCCUGACAUAUGAUGAAGUGAAAGCGAGAUUGCAGAAGUACAGCACAAAGCCUGGGAGCUACAUUUUCAGGCUGAGUUGCACUCGCCUGGGGCAGUGGGCCAUUGGGUAUGUGACUGGCGAUGGGAACAUACUGCAGACCAUACCUCACAAUAAGCCUCUGUUUCAAGCUUUGAUUGAUGGCAGUCGGGAAGGAUUCUAUCUCUUCCCAGAUGGACGAAGUUACAAUCCUGACCUGACAGGAUUAUGUGAACCUACACCACAUGAUCACAUAAAGGUUACACAAGAGCAGUAUGAAUUGUACUGUGAAAUGGGUUCCACUUUUCAGCUGUGUAAAAUCUGUGCAGAGAAUGACAAGGAUGUAAAGAUCGAGCCUUGUGGACACCUCAUGUGCACCUCUUGCCUUACAGCGUGGCAGGAAUCUGAUGGCCAAGGCUGUCCUUUUUGUCGCUGCGAAAUCAAAGGAACUGAACCAAUUAUUGUGGAUCCGUUUGAUCCAAGAGAUGAAAACUCCAGAUGUUGCAGUAUUAUCGAUAGCUUUAGUAUGCCCAUGUUGGACUUGGAUGAUGAUGAUGACAGGGAGGAGUCUUUGAUGAUGAACCGAUUGGCUUCAGUCCGAAAGUGCAAUGAGAGGCAGAAUUCACCGGUGACUUCUCCAGGAUCUUCCCCUCUUGCACAAAGAAGAAAACCACUUCCAGACCCCCUGCAAAUCCCACAUCUUAGUCUUCCACCUGUACCUCCUCGUCUGGAUCUUAUUCAGAAGGGGGUAGCACGGUCUCCAUGCGCCAGCCCAACUGGAUCACCAAAGUCUUCUCCUUGUAUGGUGAGGAAACAAGACAAACCUUUGCCAGCACCACCACCGCCCUUGCGUGAUCCUCCACCACCCCCACCAGAGCGACCUCCUCCAAUUCCACCAGACAACAGGAUAAGUAGACACUUGCAUCAUCCAGAAAGCGUGCCUUCCAGAGACCAGCCGAUGCCCCUUGAAGGCUGGUGUCCCAGAGAUGUGUUUGGGACAAGUCAGUUAGUAGGAUCUCGAACAGGAAGUGACACUUCUCCCAAACCAGGACUGACUGCAGGUUCAAACAUAAACGGAAGGCACAACCGCAUAAGUUCUGAGCAAGGAUUUAUGAGAAAACACAGACGUCAUGAAUUGCCUGUGGAAGGUGCCAAGGUAUUUUCAAAUGGUCACCUGAUAAAUGAAGAAUAUGAUGUCCCUCCACGGCUUUCACCUCCUCUUCCAGCUGCCUCCACCAUCCCUAAUAUAAAGUGCCCUGUUUCCUCAGCAAAUUCUCUGUCUGAUAAAUCAAGGGAUCAUACAGAUGAUGAUGAUGAAUACAAAGUUCCUUCUUCACAUUCUAUAAUACUGGGCUCUCAACCACCUCAUUGUCAUAAUAUAAAACCUGUUGCUCGGGUUUGUGAGAAUGGUCAAUGUGCUGGAGUAACAAAUGGAACACACAGUGCUACUUCUGAUGUGAAGAAAUCAAAACAUCCAGAGUUAGGAGAUGUCUAUGAUGCACCUACUGUUCCGGUACCUUUGCCACCUGCACGGCCUCCUACCAGAGACAACCCCAAACACAGCUCUUUGCUCAACAGGACUCCCUCCGAUUAUGAUCUUCUGGUGCCCCCUUUAGGUGAUGAUGCGUUUGAUAGCUCACCUCCUUCACUACCACCACCACCACCACCUGCUAGGCACAGCAUCACUGAGCACACGAAACCGUCUGGCUCAGGAAGUCGACCUCCUUCAGGACAUGAACUGUUCCUUCAUCCUGAUCCUCAUUUUGAUCCAAUAGCUGGUCAUGUUCCCUUGCCACCUGUUCGUAGAGUAACUGGAGAAAAUGUCAAAACAAAUAGAACAUCUCAAGACUAUGAUCAGCUUCCUCCCUCUUCAGUUCUACUCUUCUGGGGAAUUGGAAAGAAUACCUAUUUCCUCACUAAAGUACUGGGGAGAUUAAGCAUACAGAGUGCUAUAGAAUCUUCUAUGGUUCACAAGCACCAGCCAGGCCCCCUAAACCGCUUCCUCGGAGGACUGCACCAGAAAUACACCACAGGAAAGCAUUCAAUUCUGACAGUUCCACGGAAAAUGUGGAUGCAAAAAUUGCAAAACUCAUGGGAGAAGGCUAUUCCUUUGAAGAAGUCAAGAGGGCACUUGAAAUUGCCCAGAAUAACAUUGACGUGGCUCGCAGUAUUUUAAGAGAGUUUGUCUGUUUUCCUCCACCAGUCUCCCCUCGUCUCAAUCUAUAGCAGCGUGAAGAUUUUCUGGAGCAUGUGAAUUCUACAUAUACAUGUGUGGACUGAGGAAUGAGAGAAAGAAGAGAAUAUUUUUUCUUUCAUCUUUAGCAGGAGACUCUGUUUCCAGCCGUGCUCAUGGCUGCUCUGAUCAAGACUUAUAAAUAUGCUGAGGCUUAUGUAUUUUUGCUAGCCAUACUUUUUUAAAUCAGGGUUGAACUGACAAAAUAAUUUAAAGUUUACUUCCCUAGAACUUUUAAUCUGUGAAAUGCUUUUUCUUGUUUACAAGUUGAUAUGUUACAGUUUUCUAGUUGAUGCCUGUACUAUGUUCCCGUUCAUGUCCCCUUGUACUUUUGGUCAGUUCUGCUGUAGCAUUCCCAACAGUUUCCAUGCUGACCACCCCAUCAACUAAAUCAUCACUUUCUACAAAUUCUGUUUGCUUUUUUUUUUGUUUGUUUUUUUUCUCUUACGAGAUGCUUUAAUUGUUUUUGCAUUUCAGCUCAGCAAAUGCAAAAGUAUGUGGCCUUCACUACUGAUUUUUUUUUUCUUAUGAGAUUCCUUUGCUUUCGAGAGAGGAAAUAUCUGAAUGUAAAAUAUGUCUACAAACUGCCUUUUUAAAAGGUAUUUUGACAACAAUGUUGGACAGCUUUCUGUUUAACAUUAAUUCCAUGACCUAUAAUUCUCAAGGUCUUUUAUCCACAGCUUCUACAGUUAAGAACAACAACAACAACAAAAAUCCCAACCAACAGAAAAAAACAAACCAAAACAAAAAACACUUUUUGCAGUGACACUGAGUUCUGAUGUGUAAAAAGCUUUUUAAAAAAAUUGAUUGCAAAUGUUCAAAAAAGCUCAAACACACAUGACAGUGCUGCAUUUUGAUUACACACUAAUUAUACCUGUUGUCUAUGACCAAUGUAUACUGAGGCAUGCCAGACUAAGAAGGAAUCAUUUUGAAUCACGUUUAAUGGCAUUCAGGGUAAAUUCCAGUACAAGCUUCUGCAAAAAUAACUUUGGAGUGAUUAUCCUGUGGUUCAUUGUGGCUUGAAAUUUGUUUGUAUUAACUUGGAAACUUUAAAUUCUUGGUGCACUGUUGAUUCCUAAUGCUACUGUAGCAGUAUGUUUUGGAAAGCUCUUUAAUAGUCUCGUCCAUACACUUUAUUACACUAAAGUGUGUUUCUAAUGCCCAAAUUAAUUCAUUCACUUUCCAGCUACUUAGCUGGAAUUGUUUCUUUGCUUUUGAUGGCUAGUGAUACUACAGGCUUUGUGUUAUUUUUAAGCCCCCGUUGAUGCAAGCUAAAUUAAAUAUCUUUCUAACAUUAGAAAAGAGAAAGUGACAACUGUGUUCCUAGUUCACUCAAAGUUUAGAAUCUAAAUAUUUCUAGUAGAAAAUUGCUGCUUUCCUGUUUUUGUAGGAAAAUUGGUAGCCUGCUCUUCCUCUGUUACUGUCAAAAAGAAAAAAAUGUAUGGUAGCUAGAGUGUUUUCCACAUUUUUGGAUGUGACCAGUAUGUGACAGCUUUCACUUUGUGCUAAACUGCGUUUGAGUCAUAUAUUUAUUGUUUCCUUUCAGCUGUCAGUUUUCUCCUUCACUUAUAGCAAGUUAUAGAAGCUGUACCACUUACAGGAUCAGAUCUCAACAGCCAAUACAUUGGUUUUUAAAAAUCUUAAAUGCAGAAAAUGUCUGUAUUUCAGGAUCCAAAAUAAAUGGGAACACCCAGAGGAAAUUGCUGUGAUGCUUCCAAGUCCAUCAAUUCAUGGAAGACCGUAUUCUUGAAACUUGCUAAACAAAUUAUGCAGCAUCACAAAGCAUACUAUGUAUCUAUUGUUAAUCUGCUUUGUUUCCAUUAUAAAAGAUGAUUAGGGGAAUUAGAGCACAGGAAAGAGUUAGAAUCUUUUCUAUAUAAAGUAAAUAAUGUUUGAAUUUAUGUUACAGAAAAGGUGCAUUUACAACUUCUUUUAAAUGUUCCCUGAUUGCCUGCAGCUUAUGGCAAGUUUUGCUUGAAGUUAUCUUCUGAGCUUUUCAUUCAAGUAAUUCUCUCUCCUCUCUUUUGGGGGAAAGUUUUAUGCUGUCUUGAGCCCUGUUGUUCAUUUCUUUUGUUUACAGCAUCACUGUAGCAUUUUUUGCUAACUAAAUUCAAAAUAAUGCAUGUCAUUAAAAAACAAAAAAACAUAAACCAGUACUUUUUUAAUAUUUUUUUUUUAAAACUGAAAUUAUUGUAUGGUUCCAGCAUAACUGCCAGUUUGGCAGUGAUGGCAGUGAGCAAAAGAAAGCUUUAAAAAGAUGAGAGAAGAGAGAGUCUAUAGAUUGUAAAGCAGAGCUCUCUAUUCUUCUCAUUUUUUGCACAGCAUCUUUGUACAGAUGACACUCUGGCUGGUAUUACUGUCUGAUGAAUUAAGGUUCUUAAGGUUCCUUUAAUCUUUGAAUGAACGUGCCAUUAAUGCUUCUAAGUUGUUGAAUGUGGAGACUGUUUCAAACCUGCUUUGGUUGGCAAUCAAGUCAGACAGUGAAAUUGUUUUGCUAGAGUGCUGAUGUUUACCUUGCAGAGAUUAAUAGGCUUAACUAAUAUGACAACAGUGUAAUUAUGUAAACAAUUUUACCUUUUUAAAGACUUAAGGGUUCAAGUCUGGCAGUGUUACGCACGUAUAUAGCUUUAAACAAACCUGAGUAGUGAGACUGCUUGAAUGAACAAAGUUGGCCAAGUUUAGAAAUGUGUUCUAUAAUGGUUAAGGCUACAGGAAUAUCUCUUCCAAAUAAAUGUCAUUGAAGGCUUUAGACCACCAUUCUGAUGUCUGUAAGGCCUCGCCUUUUAUCUCCUUCUUGUGAAGUUACUGCAUUUCAAGCAAAUUGGCUGAAUUAACACUCAGUAUCCGAAGAGUUCAUCUGGCACAGAUUUUUUUUUCAUAAUGUGAAUUUAGAAAGUUUUGUACCAGGAUCGUUUCUUCUGUUUUAUUUGUCAUGUUUUCAGCUUGAAGCUUUACUUUGCACUGAUCACUCUGACCUGAAAGCAUUUAAAUUUGUGUCUUAAAGCUUGACAAAUUUCAAAGCAGAUACGAAUAGUGUAUUCUAAGCAGAUUCAGUUACUGCCUGCUGACCUGGAAUUUAGUGUAUAUAGGAAUGAUUUCUUGAAAAAGGACUUUGGUCAUUUCCAUUUUCAAGGUUUUUCUUCCAAAUAACUAUUUUAUCUGAAAAUGCCUUUUAUAAACUUGUCUAACAUGUGGCAAACUUAGUGAUGUGUUCAAUUAAUUUAUAUUUUAUUCUACAUUCUUUUUUAAUUUUGGUUACUAUGUAAGCUCAAGUUCUUUAUCUGUUCUUGUAAGGUAUUUUAUAAAAUUAAUGUUAACAGAA